UGGAUCGUUACAAAACUCUCUCGUCAACCGAUCCGGCCAAAUUGUACGAUUCUGUUUAUUUUUCGUAUAGAACGUGCUCGUAGUUUAAUCGUUAUUUUUAACGAAUACUCGUGCCGGUUAUUCGCAACCUCGCCCGUCGUGUGAUCGUUGUUGACUGUUGUUUACAACAAAAUUUUAUCAGUGUUAAAUAAAGAAGUUUCGUUCGGGACUGAUAAGCAAAGUGUUACCGACAGUCAUCUGCAUGGAAAGAAUCAACUGUUAUCAUAGUUUUUUUACUUGUUACGUAUUGUUCGAUAUCGAUCAGUGAUAUAAUAUAUCGAUCGUGGAUCGAAGGAUACUCGCUUUUCUGGUUCGAGGUCGUUGAACCGGUGGGAUCUUCGAUCUUGAGCGUUGAUAGUUUUAUCCGACAAAGAGCUUCGGUUAUUCGUGACGCGAGUGAUCGUUCGCGAAAGAAUUGAACGUCAAUGUCAUCCUCGGAACUGAUGCAUUUUAUCGCUACAGCGUGUAACGCGUGGCGUCUUAAAGUGUGGUUAGGCUGCUCCUGAAGGUGUAUCUGCGGUGCAGAUAUCGAAAGAAGGAAGUUAAGCGUGUAACGAAUUCUUCCACUGGUUUCUGGAGUUCGGCGACGCAAUUGGCGCCAAUGAUGAUUUUCACCGGCAGGUCAGUGGACGCUCUCGAUGAAGUUCACGGUAGCAACGUUCAGACGGAUAACCGUCGCGACGUGAGCGCCAUCGCCAUAGCCGCAGGAUGGUUCUCCAGUCUGCGCAGACCCGGUAAAAGGAACAAGAAGGGCUAUCAAAAGCAGGCCAAGAGCGCAUGGGACCUUAGCACAUUAUCUACGCAACUGAAAGAUGAGCUGGGCGAGGUGGUGGCCGAGAUGGAGGCGAUGGAAGGCGGCGGUCUCGCAGCCGACGAGACGAAGCCGUCGAACAAGGCCAAGCAGACGUCCAUCGGCCGCAAGAAGUUCAACAUGGACCCUAAGAAGGGCAUCGAGUACCUGAUCGAGCACAAUCUCCUGGCACCGACCCCAGAAGACGUCGCUCAGUUCCUCUACAAGGGCGAAGGACUGAACAAGACCGCGAUAGGCGAUUACCUUGGCGAACGACACGACUUCAACGAGAGGGUACUCCGCGCGUUCGUCGAGCUGCACGAUUUCACGGACCUCAUCCUGGUCCAGGCCCUUCGACAGUUCCUCUGGUCGUUCAGGUUACCCGGUGAAGCUCAAAAAAUUGACCGAAUGAUGGAGUGCUUCGCGCAGAGGUACUGCCAACUCAACCCGAAUAUAUUCACCAACACGGACACCUGUUACGUCUUAAGCUUCGCCAUCAUCAUGUUGAACACGUCCCUUCACAAUCCCAGCGUCAAGGAUAAGCCCAGCGUCGAACAGUUCAUAUCUAUGAACCGUGGAAUCAACAAUGGCGGCGAUUUGCCUCGUGAACUACUCGUGAGUUUAUACGAAAGUAUAAAGACGGAACCGUUCAAGAUACCGGAAGACGACGGCAACGAUCUGAUGCACACGUUUUUCAAUCCCGACAAAGAGGGCUGGCUAUGGAAGCAAGGUGGACGUUACAAGAGCUGGAAAAGGCGGUGGUUCAUAUUGAACGACAACUGUCUGUAUUACUUCGAGUACACGACCGACAAGGAGCCACGGGGCAUCAUUCCCUUGGAGAACAUUCAGGUCAGAGAGGUGCAGGACAGGCACAAGCCCCACUGCUUCGAGCUAUACGCUGCUGGCUCGGAGUUUAUUAAGGCUUGUAAGACGGACAGCGAGGGAAAAGUUGUCGAAGGGAAACACACCGUGUACAGAAUGUCUGCGGCCACGGACGAGGAGAAGGAGGAGUGGAUCAAAUGUGUGCGGCAGAGUAUAUCGCACAACCCCUUCUACGACAUGCUGGCAGCCAGGAAGAAAAAGGCUCAAAAGACGAACGUACACUCCAAGAGUUAAACUCUGCCGGUAACACAGCUUCGAGAAGAAGCUUGGCGAGACACAAGACUGUCUAUUCACGAGCCUGUCUGGCCACCAGGAUCGUGGAG